AUUCAUUUAUUUGAUCUCGUUCUUAAAUGUUUGAAUCAAUUCGAGCCAAUUGUGGUCUGUGUUUGGAGGAGCCCCCUUUUGGUGGUCUACUUACUGUGAAAGUGUGGUCAAUUAGUUAUUCACAUUAGCCAAAAUUAGUUGUCUGUUUUUGCUAUUUUUAUCCAAUUACAACCUUCAUUGCUACAUAAUUUAAUUCCCAUUCUCUAUCAAAAAAUAUAUUGAAUUUUAAAAAACCGAUUGAAUUUMCAGAACGCUGAAGUUUAUUCGCUGCAUAKAGGCAUCUUUGUCCACUACAAAAUCAUUUUUGUUUAAAAAUGAAMGUGUGAGUUCGUGCUCAGAACACGUGACCACAUUUGGGUUUUGUGGUUCUCCUUAUCUAUGGUAGAGAUUUAGGUAGAUAAGCACUGAACUUUGCCCACUUAUGAAAAAAAUCGCCAUGGAGUGGGUAUCCAUCGCCGAGAAGAUCUGGAAAGAUGUGAAACACAAUGACCCUAGGUAUCGACGAGGAGCGAUCGCUUUACCUUUAAAACAACGCGUCUCCUUCAGUGUCGGCCAUGUCUUUAGUGACUUAUGUUACAUUGUAUGGUCGACGUAUUURAUUAUAUACUUCAACAAGGUCGUAGGAUUGUCCCCACUCCAUGCAGGGUACAUCUUUAUCAUCGCGCAGAUAUCCGAGGCGUUGCUGACUCCGUUUAUUGAAAUCKCCAUUGACCGAUGUUUUCCGAAUUUUUUCCCUUCGUAUGGAAGGAAAAARCUGUUCCAUCUAGUUGGUACACUKCUUGUUUUUGUGUCAUGGCCGUUGAUUUUUAGUCCUUGUUUAGUUUGCUACGAUGAUAGUCGCGAUUCAGCUAAGUUGGGUUAYUAUGCUGUGGCAGUUGUGUCGUURCAUAUUGGAUGGUCUAUUGUUCGUAUAUCUCAUUUGUCUUUAACGCCCGAUAUUGUUAAGAAGCAAGAGGAAGUUGCUGAAUUAAAUGCUAUAAGAUCUGGACUAUCGUUUGGCUGUGGUGUGUUUGUGUUCUGUACAAUAUGGAUACUACUUGGUCAAGCUGAUGGAAGACGAGUGACACCAGCRCUUGAAGACUAUUUUACCACUCUCAGCCUAGUCAUCGUUGGCUUUGGUUUUGUCUUUUCUUUCGUCUUUCACUGGGGAACAAAUGAACCCAGUGCUGAGCGACCKCCCCCUCCAAGGGCCGACUUCAAGGUCAUUCGUCGCAAGGCCUCGUCACGWGAYUUGUACGUUCUACGUCGAUAUACGGAGAAUAGCAUGGAAUUUCUCAACCAACCGGUAGAUCUUGGUUUGUCAUCGCAGACUGUCAGUAGUGACGGACGCUCCUGGAGACAAUGGUUAAAUGAUCGAGAGUUUUAUAAGUUAGCUGUCGUCUAUACUUGCUCACGUAUCGUUAUAAAUAUCGUGCAGUUUUACUUCAUUUUGUACGUCACGGAUACGUUGUAUUUUAGCAAGGAGUCUAUUGCUUAUUUUCCACUGAUUCUUCUAAUAACGGAACUGUUUGCUAACACUCUCAUUAAGAAUGUYAGAAAGAUACUUGGGAAUAAGUGGACAUUUUGUGCAGCUGCUCUCGUGGUUCUUCAAUCCUGCAUCUGGUUUCAGCUCCAGUCUCAAACCGCGGGUAAAAACUUUGUUUUCUUGUCUGCUAUUAUGAUGUGCAGCGGUAGUUCAGUUAUGUUGACGACAUCGUUGAGUAUGCUUACAGACUUGGCCAACAAAGAUAAGGGAUCCAGUGAGUUCAUUUACUCAGCGUUGGGAUUCUUGGAGAAGCUUUUUGUUGGUAUUAUCAUCAUUGUUAUUCAGAGUAACUAUCCCUGUGCUAAUAAUGGAGGUAAAUGCCCAGAAUGUGCUGACUAUGUCCGGCUAUUCUUCACCUUGACACCAGCCAUCGUGACAAUAGUUGCUCUCAUAAUGAUCUUGUUUGGUUUUAAGACRACAGUCAUGAUCUCCUGCAUAAAUACAGCCAACCGAGAUGACAUAUCUACCCAGACAGAUCCCAGUAGGUACCCCCCAACCCUUCCUCUUACUGACAGUAUUUGGACAGUUAACGAAGAAGACGAGGCUGAA